AUGAAGAGUCUUAUCGCCGUCCUGUUGAAGGCGGCCGUUUUCGCAAGUAUCUUGCCAGGUGCUGUCAGUCUCUACUCGUCCAAGAGCCCCGUUAUCCAGAUUACUCCCAAGAACUUCAAAGAAGAAGUUUUGGACACCCAACAUGCGGUUCUGGCUGAGUUUUACGCGCCUUGGUGUGGACACUGCAAGAACCUUGCACCGGAAUACAAGAAGGCUGCGGAGAAGCUGAAGGGUCUCGCUAAGGUGGUCGCUGUUGACUGUGACACUGACCAGAAUAAGCCUUUAUGCGGCCAGUUUGGAGUGCAAGGCUUCCCAACGAUUAAGCUGUUUCCCGGGGGAAAGAAGGGCCUCCCUCAAGACUACAACGGGCCCCGAACGGCCAAGGGUCUGGUUGAUGCCAUCGUCGCCAAGAUUUCGAACAAUGUCCUGCAGAUUGGUGGAGGUGGGAAGCGGGCUGUAACUUACGAUGAUUUCGUUCACAAACCGACGGAGCUCCCACGUGUGGUAUUGGCAUCGAAGAAGGCUUCCACGCCACCACUUUUCAAAGCCCUGUCAGCCGAAUACCACAAUCGCAUGGUCUUUGGGGAAGUCAAGUCCACGGAACAGGAUACACUCACCAAGCUUAACAUUACCGACUUUCCCUCCGUGGUCGUGUUUCCCAAAGCUGGAGACACUCCUGUUCGAUACACUGGACCUAUGAAGCACGCGUCUCUGGUUGAAUUCCUGGAUCUUUACGCCCCACAAGCUGCCAAAAAGGAAAGCUCGCAAGAGAGCUCGAAGAAGCCAGCGGCCAAGACGGAAGCAGCAGGUGCGUAUAACCGUGGCACUAUACGAUGGACCGUGGAAGGGUUCAAAGCACAGGCCGAUCUUGACAACAUCGUUUCCAAGCCCGGCUUCACCGUCCUCGCAUUCUUCAUCCUCGAACCCGACUUUGAAGAAAGCGUGAAAGCCCACAAGGAAAACCUCGACCUGCUCCAAGCCGCCGCGAAACAGCACCCCGGUUUCCGAUACGUAUGGUUCAACACCGCCGAGCGCGGACGCGUCAUCAUGCAAGAUCUGCAGGUUUCCGAUUCGUUGCCUGGGCUUGUGGUCGUGAACGACAAUAAGAAGGCUUAUCGGAUUAUGACGGGACCGUUUGACAAGGAUGGGAUCAACACCUUCUUGAAGGAGGUUUCGGCGGCACAGGGUAGAUUCUUCAAGUAUGGGAAGUUGCCGUUGUUGGAGGGAGAGAGCAAGCGCGCGAAGGACGAGCUAUAG